UGCGGCCAACGACGGCCUUCCCUUCCCAAUCCUCCAUGCAUAACACAGCGCGCGGUGAUUGAGAUUUGAGAGGAGGAUAGACGAGACGGGGCCGGAACCAGCCAGAGCGACUGGUGGUGGCUGGGCUGCCCUCCCCUCCCGUCCCGUCCCGUCCCGUCCGGGUCCGGCCAAGAAUAGGUGACGCCUCUUCGGCCGCCUCCCGUCGACGGCCGCUGCAUGUGAGCAGCGGCAAUGGCAGAUAAGGGCGAUCCGGCCACGGCCGUUCUUGGCUCGUGGGCUUGCGGGCGGCUCGCCGUCGCGUCGCCGUGCGUGCAGAGGGCACUCAUCGACUGCGUCAAUGCGGCGCUCCUCGUCGCGUACGUCUCCGCGCUGGCCGCCGCCUGCGUCAGGCGGCGGCGGGCCGGCAGCGCAGGCCGGAGGAGCGGCACUCGCGGGUGGUGGCGGCGGGGGCUGGCCGUCGCCGUCUCCGCGUGCUGCGUCGCGGCCGCCGUCGGGUACGGCGUCGCCGGCUUCCGGGACGCCUCUUCGGGCGACGUCGCGGCGGCGGCGGCUCCUUACUUCGCCAGGGCCCUGUUCUGGAUCGCGCUGGCGGCCUCGCUGCACGUCCAGCCGGACAGGGCGGCGGCGGCCGUGGCCGUGCUCUGGUGGGCGCUCCCCUCGCUGCUCGUCACCGUGUACAAUGCGGAGAUCCUCAUCGGCGGCGGCGCGCUCGACGCCGUGGAGGUGCUCGCGUGGCCGGUGAACCUCCUCCUGCUGCUCUGCGCGCUCGGCUUGGUGCUGCGCCGGAGCGACGGGCAUCGCGAUGGCGGCGGCUUGUCGGAGCCUCUGAUCGGCCCGGACGGCGACAAGGCUGCGCCAACCUCGGAGCUGUACCGCGCUGACCUGUUCCGCCAGCUCGCCUUCUCGUGGCUGAACCCGCUGCUCCGCCUCGGCCGCUCCAAGGCGCUGGACCUCGCCGACAUCCCGUUCAUCGCCGGCGAGGACACCGCGCAGCACGCCUCGCACAAGUUCGCCGAGGCCUGGAGCCGCCACGUCAACGACAAGGCCAGGGGCCGCCGGAGCGUGGGCAGCAACAGCCUCGCCCUCGUCCUGGGCAAGUGCUUCCUCGGCGAGAUCCUGCUCACCGGCUUCUACGCCUUCUUGAGAACGCUGGCCAUCGCGGUGGCACCCCUGAUGCUCUUCGCGUUCGUGUGGUACAGCAACCAGCAGGAGAGAGACCUCCGGGUCGGCCUGGCCCUCAUCGGCUGCCUGCUGCUCAUGAAGCUCGUCGAGUCGCUGUCGCAGCGGCACUGGUUCUUCGACUCCAGGAGGACCGGAAUGCACGUCCGGUCGGCGUUGAUGGCGGUCAUCUUCCAGAAGCAGCUCAGGCUGUCCAGCCAGGGGAGGAAGAACCACUCCACCGGCGAGAUCGUCAACUACAUUGCGGUCGACGCGUACCGGCUUGGCGACGCCAUCAGCUGGCUGCACAUGGGGUGGAGCUCGCCACUUCAGCUGGUCUUCGCAGUUGCCACGCUCUUCUGGGCACUGAAGCUUGGGGCUCUUCCAGGUCUAGUCCCCUUGGUCAUCUUCGGCUUUCUCAACGUGCCAUUCGCCAAGAUCUUGCAAGGCUACCAGUCCAAGUUCAUGGUUGCACAGGACGAGAGGCUCCGGUCGACAUCCGAGACACUGAACAGCAUGAAGAUCAUCAAGCUGCAGUCAUGGGAGGAGAAGUUCCGGAACAUGAUCGGGUCACUCAGGGACGGGGAGUUCAAAUGGCUGAGGGAGACCCAGAUGAAGAAGGCCUAUGGUGCGGUCAUGUACUGGAUGUCCCCGACAGUCGUCUCCGCGGUGAUGUACACCGCGACGGCAAUCUUGGGGAGUGCGCCCCUGAAUGCCAGCACUCUCUUCACGGUCUUGGCCACCCUGAGGGUAAUGGCUGAGCCAGUGAGGUUCCUUCCUGAGAUCCUCACAAUGAUGAUCCAGUACAAAGUGUCGUUAGACCGUAUCGAGAGGUUUCUUCUCGAAGAUGAGAUCAGAGAGGAGGAUGUGAAGAGAGUACCUUCAGAUAACUCUGAUAUCAGAGUCCAAGUCCAAGAUGGUAAUUUCAGCUGGAAUGCAAACAGAGCUGAUCUGUCACUGAGGAAUGUUAACCUUAGCAUCAGCAGAGGAGAGAAGGUGGCUGUCUGCGGUCCAGUUGGCUCAGGAAAAUCUUCACUGCUGUAUGCAUUACUUGGGGAGAUACCUAGAAUAUCAGGAUCAGUUGAGGUAUUUGGCUCGGUAGCAUAUGUUUCACAGAACUCCUGGAUACAGAGUGGGACUGUUCGCGAUAAUAUACUCUUCGGGAAGCCUUUCAACACGGAACUGUAUGAGAAGGCAAUCAAAUCUUGUGCCCUGGACAAGGAUAUCGAAAAUUUCGACCACGGAGACCUGACAGAGAUUGGUCAGAGAGGACUGAACAUGAGUGGAGGUCAGAAACAAAGGAUUCAGCUGGCAAGAGCCGUCUACAAUGAUGCAGAUGUUUAUCUGCUGGAUGACCCUUUCAGUGCAGUUGAUGCCCACACCGCUGCCGUUCUUUUCUAUGACUGUGUGAUGACAGCACUUGCUGAGAAGACCGUUGUUCUUGUGACCCACCAAGUAGAAUUUCUGACUGAAACUAGUAGAAUCCUGGUAAUGGAAGGCGGUCAAGUUAGUCAGCAAGGGAAAUAUUCGGAACUACUGGAAUCUGGGACAGCAUUUGAGAAACUUGUUUCAGCUCACCAGUCUUCGAUCACAGCAUUGGAUACUAGUGCCAGCCAACAGAACCAAGUUCAAGGGCAACUGGUGCCUGAUGAAAACAUAGCGCCAAGUGCACUGCAGGCUACAAGGCAGGCUAGCGACAUCGAGGUCGCUGCAAAAGGUCCUUCAGCAACAAUCCAGCUUACAGAAGAGGAGGAGAAGGGGAUCGGUGACCUGGGAUGGAAGCCAUACAAAGAUUACAUAAAUGUAUCCCAGGGAGCUUUCCAAUUCUCUGGCAUGUGUACUUCUCAGGUGCUCUUCACAUGCUUUCAGAUUGCAUCAACAUAUUGGUUGGCCGUUGCUGUUCAGAUGGAUAACAUCAGUGCUGCCCUUCUUGUUGGGGCCUAUUCUGGUCUCUCCAUCUUCAGUUGCUGCUUUGCCUACUUUCGAAGCUUGUUUGCAGCUACUCUUGGGCUCAAGGCCUCCAAGGCAUUCUUCAGCGGGCUAAUGGAUUCCGUAUUCAAGGCUCCCAUGUCAUUUUUUGACUCAACACCAGUGGGAAGAAUUUUAACAAGGGCAUCUUCAGAUUUAAGCAUUCUGGACUUUGACAUACCUUACUCCAUGGCUUUUGUUACUACUGGUAGUAUUGAGGUUGUUACAACAGUACUGGUCAUGGGUACCGUAACUUGGCAAGUCUUGGUUGUGGCAAUCCCAGUUACAAUCACCAUGGUAUAUGUUCAGAGGUACUACGUAUCCUCAGCUAGAGAGCUAGUAAGAAUUAAUGGAACGACAAAGGCACCUGUCAUGAACUAUGCAUCGGAGUCAAUUCUUGGUGUGGUGACCAUCAGGGCAUUUGCAGCAACAGAGAGGUUCAUCCACAGCAACAUGGAGCUCAUUGACACUGAUGCGACACUGUUCUUUCACACUGUUGCUGCACAAGAGUGGGUGCUUAUAAGAGUGGAGGCGCUGCAGUCCUUGACAAUAAUUACAGCAGCGUUGUUCCUUGUUCUGGUUCCUCCAGGAGCAAUUUCACCAGGUUUUGCUGGACUUUGCCUCUCCUAUGCUUUGACGCUGACUGCAGCACAGGUCUUCUUGACAAGGUUUUAUUCGUACUUGGAAAACUACAUCAUCUCAGUUGAGCGAAUCAAGCAGUAUAUGCACCUCCCAGCGGAGCCACCUGCCAUUAUACCAGAAAAUAGGCCUCCAGCUUCAUGGCCACAGGAGGGAAGGAUAGACCUUCAAGAUUUGAAGAUAAGAUACCGUCCAAAUGCACCACUUGUCCUCAAAGGAAUCACUUGUACUUUUGCUGCGGGGAACAAGAUUGGGGUUGUAGGGAGGACAGGAAGUGGGAAAUCAACACUUAUCAGCUCGUUGUUCCGUCUCGUUGAUCCGGCAGGUGGGAGGAUACUUAUUGACAAGCUGGAUAUCUGCUCCAUUGGCCUAAAGGAUCUGAGAACUAAAUUGAGUAUUAUCCCUCAAGAACCAACGCUUUUCAGAGGAACUGUGCGCAACAAUUUGGAUCCCCUUGGCCUGCAUUCCGACCAAGAGAUAUGGGAGGCCUUGGAGAAGUGUCAACUGAAGGCAGCAAUUAGCAGCACCCCUGCUCUUCUUGAUACAGUAGUGAGUGAUGAUGGUGAUAACUGGAGCUCUGGACAACGUCAGCUCUUCUGUCUUGGCAGAGUUCUGCUCCGCAGGAACAAAAUUCUAGUUCUUGAUGAGGCAACAGCAUCCAUCGACUCUGCAACAGAUGCAAUCCUUCAGAAAGUAAUCAGGCAGCAGUUCUCAAGUUGCACGGUGAUAACCAUAGCUCAUAGGGUUCCAACCGUUACAGACAGCGACAGGGUCCUUGUACUGUCCUACGGAAAGCUUCUAGAAUAUGAAACACCAGCAAAGCUGUUAGAAGACAAGCAAUCAGCCUUUGCUAAACUAGUGGCUGAGUAUUGGGCCAAUACCAAGCGGAAUUCAACAUGAACCUACCAUUGUGGCAGGACAUGAUAAAAGAUAUCAUCAAUCCAAUGAAGAUACUGAAAUAGCAGUUCCAGCCUCCCAGGGUUCUCAAAUUGAAUCUAUAAGAAGUCAAGGCAUGUUCUCUUCAUUAUUUUAUACGUGGAGUUCUGGAAAUAAAUGAGAAAUCAACACCAGUUUAAUUUUGGCAGUGGGAACAAGUUUUGGAGUUAGGUUUAAUGAAUGGAACUAACUCCAGCUGGAUGAUUGAACUACUCUCAGUAAGUAGUUCAAUAUAGCGAGAGUCUAUUACCUAUGGUAUUCAUUGCAAAAUGAAAUGGAGGAUCCACUUCAAGCAUGACGAAUGACAUUCUUCAGAUAUAAGAAUUUUUGAAUAAGAAGGAAAGGGAUAUACCAAGUCGUGUACCAGUAAAGUUUGUGCUCAAAAUAUGAGAGGAGAUUUAUUUUCAUGUUGCUCGUGUAAUCCGUAUUGAUAAACUUAAAGAUGAUGACUGUAUAGAGUGAGAAGGAAAUGUUUCACAAAUGAGUAAGGACA